CAAAGAAGAACUGAAGGAGGAAGAAGAAGAGGAACUGAGGAAGAGGAAGAGGAGACCUCUUGAUCGACGACAGCGGCAGCAAUGUCGACGUAUCUCAAGAAGCCAUCCUCCUACUACACCGUCUCCCUCAUCGUCCUCCUCCCUCUCACCCUCUUAUGCCUCACCUUCCUCCUUCCGUUGUCCACCUAUCUGAGCAACCCGCUCGCCACGGCCGCAGCUGCCAGCGGCGCCUGCGGUGCUGGCACUGCCGGCGUCGCCGCCAACCGUGCCGCACCAGCGGCCGAGGACGACGACGGUGUUGCUGCUGGCCAGCGCCGCCCGGGGCUGAGCGUCCUCGUCGGCGUGCACACGAUGCCCGGGAAGCACUCCCGGCGCCACCUCAUCCGCAUGGCGUACGCGCUGCAGCAGACGCCGGCGCUCCGCGCCGCCGCGCGCGUCGACGUCCGGUUCGCUCUCUGCGCGCGCCCGAUGCCGCCGGAGCACCGCGCGUUCGUGGCGCUCGAGGCCCGCGCCUACGGCGACGUGCUGGUCCUCGACUGCGCCGAGAGCGCGGAGCAGGGGAAGACCUACACCUACUUCGCCAGCCUGCCGGCGAUGAUAGGCUCCGGCGGAGGCGCCGGCGAUGCCCGGCCGUACGACUACGUGAUGAAGGUGGACGACGACACGUUCCUCCGGCUGGACGCGCUGGUGGAGACGCUCCGCGCGGCGCCGAGGGAGGACAUGUACGGCGGCGUGGGGCUCCCAUUCCACGACCGGGAGUUCCCGCCGUUCAUGCUCGGCAUGGGCUACCUGCUGUCGUGGGACCUCGUCGAGUGGAUCGCCACCUCCGACAUGGUCAGAAGGGAAGCCAUGGGGGUGGAAGAUAUGACCACAGGAAAGUGGCUGAACAUGGGCAACAAGGCCAAGAACAGGGUGAACAUUUUCCCCAGGAUGUAUGACUACAAGAGUGCCAAAGAUGAGGACUUCUUGGAGAACACCAUUGGGGUGCACCAGCUGAAGCAGGACUUGAGGUGGGCGCACACGUUGGAGCACUUCAAUCUCACGAGGUUGGAGCCCUCCAGCAAGCUACACCGUUUCUAGAGAGGGGACUCCUCAAAUAGUCAAAUGGUUUUGUGAAGAAUAUGUAAAUUCAUUGGGGGCAUUGUUGAUAAGUGGCGUGAGGAAUUAAAUAUCUAGGGUUGUUGAUAUGUUUCUUGACAUAUAUAAAAUUGAUGGCUUCAGCUCA